AUGGAAAAGGACGGACAUGGGUCUCCCACCGGAGUUGCUCUGAGCUGCUACAAUGGGUCUCGCGCCGAGGUUUCUGGGAUCAAAGGCGAGAACAAAACAAGCAGUGAUGAAGACCAGACGGCAGCACAGAACGUCAACUUGAAUAACACCGGUGAAAAACCCGACAAGUGUGGCCAGUGCGACUAUUCGGCAGCACAGAAAAUCAUUUUGGACAACCCUAUAGCAGAUAAACACAGUGGUGAAAAACCCUACAAGUGUGACCAAUCAUGUAAACCCAAUUUGGACACGCAUGUAAAAGCAAAACAUACUGGAGACAAACCCUACAUGUGUGGGGAGUUGCGGAAAUCUUCAUUAGAUUAUCACCUUAUGAUACACACCGGAGAUAAACCCUACACGUGUGGAGAGUGUGGUUACAGGACGGCGCAUAAGGCCCUCUUGUCCAAACACUUGAGAACUCACACAGAAGAGAAACCCUACAAGAAACACACGGAUGAGAAACCUUACAAAUGUAAGCAGUGUGACUAUUCAGCAGUACUGAAAGCCGUUCUUGACUACCAUAUAAUAGCGAAACACACUCAUGAUAAACCCUUCAAGUGUCAUGAGUGUGACUAUUCUGCGGCACGAAAAACCCAGCUUGACUUACACAUGGCAGCAAAACACACUGGCGAGAAACCCUACAUGUCAGGGAAAUCCACCCUUGACUUCCACAUUGCAUCAAAACAUAAUGGUGAAAAACGCUUCAAGUGUGACCAGUGUGACUAUUCUGCAGCACAGAAAGGUACUUUGGACAACCACAUGGCAUCAAACCACACUGAGUAG